GGGGAGCCUUCAGUCACGGACGGGGCCGCGCUGCCGCCGCGUCAAGUGUGGGGCGAAGCGGAGCGAGGCGCUGCGGCCGCCACCGAGGCUGCUAGCGAGCCGCUGCCCUCCGCGGAUCCGCCCCCCGCCCGCUCCCACCUGCGCCGCCGCCCGCCCCUUUCCCGUGGCCAACGGGCGAUCCUCCCGGCGCGCCUCGUCCCCGGGCUGCGGAUCCCCGGACCCGGCCGCUGCCCGCGGGCUCCCCCCUGUUCCUCCUCUUCCUCUCCCCUUCCCCUCUCCCUCCCCCUUCCCAGCCAGGCUGCGCCCCCCCGGCCGCCCCGGCAUGAGCAUCUCCAUCCCGGCGGGGCUGACGGAGCUGCUGCAGGGCUUCACGGUGGAGGUGCUGCGGAGCCAGCCCGCGGACCUGCUGGAGUUCGCCCUCCAGUACUUCGGGCGCCUCAAGGAGGAGGCGGCGGCGGCCAAGGCAGCGGCACCGGCGGAGAAGGAGGCGAGCGGCCGCAAGGCGGGCACCCCCGCGCCUGGCCAUGACAGGGGCAGCCAGCCGCCGCGCCGGGGCCUCCCCGACGCCCGCGGCGUUAACUUCGCCGAGGAGCCCAUGCAGACCGACUCGGAGAGCGGCGAGGAGGAGGAGCAGCAGCAGCAGCGGUUCCCGGCUCCAGUGAUAAACCGAUUCACCAGGCGGGCAUCAGUGUGUGCAGAAGCUUACAAUCCGGAUGAGGAAGAGGACGACGCAGAAUCUAGGAUUAUUCACCCUAAAACAGAUGAUCAAAGAAACAGACUGCAGGAAGCGUGCAAGGACAUUCUUCUUUUUAAGAACCUAGAUCCGGAACAGAUGUCUCAGGUGUUAGAUGCGAUGUUUGAAAAGCUGGUUGAAGGAGGGGAACAUGUCAUUGACCAAGGGGAUGAUGGUGACAACUUCUACGUCAUUGAUAGAGGUACAUAUGAUAUUUAUGUAAAAUGCGAUGGUGUUGGGAGGUGUGUUGGAACCUAUGAUAACCGAGGAAGUUUUGGUGAGUUGGCCUUGAUGUACAAUACACCCAGAGCAGCUACAAUUAUAGCUACCUCUCCUGGUGCCAUCUGGGGUUUGGACAGGGUAACGUUCCGAAGAAUCAUUGUAAAAAAUAAUGCAAAAAAGAGAAGAAUGUAUGAAAAUUUUAUUGAGUCAUUGCCAUUCCUUAAAUCUUUAGAAGUAUCUGAGCGUUUAAAAGUCGUUGAUGUGAUUGGCACCAAAGUGUACAAAGAUGGAGAACAAAUCAUUGCUCAGGGUGACUUGGCUGAUUCUUUCUUCAUUGUGGAAUCUGGAGAAGUAAGGAUCAUAAUGACAAGGAAGGGUAAACAAGAUGUAGAAGAGAAUGGAGCAGUUGAAAUAGCUCGAUGCUCAAGAGGACAAUAUUUUGGAGAACUUGCUCUUGUAACUAACAAACCACGAGCUGCUUCUGCAUUUGCUCUUGGCACUGUCAAAUGUUUAGUUAUGGAUGUGCAGGCAUUUGAAAGGCUUUUGGGACCUUGUAUGGAAAUUCUGAAAAGAAACAUUGCAAACUAUGAAGAGCAGCUAGUUGCUUUGUUUGGAACAAACAUGGACAUUGCUGAUCCCAGUGCAUGAACUAAACAUUGGAGCAACAAGAUCUGUUAUGAAAAUAUAGCACAGUAGUGGUUAGUCCACAGAGAAAUUGUGUCUCUUCCUAUAGAUGCCAAGCAUUUUCUGUGAUUUUAAGAGUGGGUUUGGGGGUAUUUUUUGGAUUUACUACAGUGGAAGUACUAGUAAACAAAAUAGGAAUUUAAUAAAUUGUGGGCUUGAUUUUUGAAAGUGCUUACCAUUGUUGGUUCCAUCUGGCAUUAAGAAGACCCAUAGUAGCACAGCACCUUUGAAAAUCAAGUCCUUUAACACAGCAUUCAUUAAAAAGUAGAUUUCAAAAAACCCACAUGCGAUAAACUUGUUAAACCAUCUUCUGUUCUUCAAAAAGGUUACAGCUUUUCUGGAAAGACUGUUAGUUUGAAUGUGAUAUGUUGAAAGUAUUAGUGCACACAAAGUGUUUAUAUGUAUUAAUACAGAAGAUAUACAGUAGAUAUUACUCUAUUACGGUUGUCAUGAUUUUGUUGCAUUUAUCACAGAUGUAGUGAAUCACAAGACUAAUCGUAAGAUAAAGCAUGACAAUGCAUUUUUGUAAUGCUCAUGACCCAAAUCUGAUUUUUAACAUUUUGUAAUUUUGUUUAAAGUCCUCUUUGUUUAAUAUGUCAUGUUUCAGCACGACAUUGUAAUAUCUUAUGCAAUUUAGAGGACUUGUAUAUUUUUGCAAUAAACUGCAUUUUUUAUUAGUUACAUGUAUUCUGUACAGUCUAGAGUGAGGACAGCUGACAAAUGAACCUUAAUGCUUUAAAAGCAAAAAGGCAUAGCUCGUUGUCACAUUCCACCUAAUCAUACACAACCUAUAUUGUUUUCCUUCUCCCUUGUUUUAUAUUUAUGCAUUUUGUCUAUCUAUGCUUGUUCUCUAGUUAAUUUUUUUUGCGGUGUCACCUUUUUAAUCUGUUAAAUCUUUUACCUAUUUCAAAUGAAAUGGUCUCUGUAUAUCUCUCUUCUUGUAGUCUAAUCUGAGCUAUCAAAGACCAGAUUCAAUUACUGAAGUGAUUGAUAUCGAAAGCCAUGCUAAACUAAGCUUGUACUUGAAAAAUCCUUUUUGGGAAGUAUAAAAAUAUUUUUAAUUUGAAAGAUCAAUACUUCAGAAGCUUUGCACAAGUCUGGAAAAUAUGUCAUUGUUAAAGAUAACAUGUCUUGCUUUCAAAAACCUGUAGGUCAUCAUAAAAUAAUCUUUUUAGCCAUAAGAGCAUGGGAUACCUUCUGAGACUGAGGAGAGAGAAUAACUAGGAACACAGGGCUCAUUGCUUACAAGGGUCUGUGACUGGAAAUUCGAGGCACAGUCCAGUUUUAAUACUGCUUACUGACCUGUCUGAUGAUGUACAUGGAAAGCUAGUGCACAUAACGGCGAUUGGCAGUAGUUCUGCCAAAAUGAUGAUACAAGAAUUGUAGGAAGGCUGCUUGAGCCCUGUUUCAAACACCUGAAUUAUAACAUCUUUCCUUCUUAGAUAAUGACUUUUCUAAUGCCAUAUAUUUGUGUAUGUUGAUGUAAUUAUUAUUAUCCUAUAGUUAGUGAUAUGUUCUGACAAUUUAUAUAAUCAUACCUGUAUAUGAAACUAUGAUUAUAUAAUAUGAUAACAAUAUAUAAUUUAUACCAUACUGUAUGGUAUAAAUUAUAAGUCAGAUUCCUAACAAAAUACAAUCUGAGCAAAAUUUACAAAUGUCUUUUUUUUUACCUAGAAACCUGGUAUGAAUAAUUGCAGCUAUGAUAACUUGCCUUUGUACUUUUGAUUUAUGGAAAAAAGAGAAGCUUUUGUUAUACUAGAAGGAAAUAUCAGGUAACCAAAAUCUACGUCAUUCUGUAUGCUUAAUCUCUAAAAGCUACCUAUAUUUUGCACUAGCUUGAUGUGAUUAAGAAAAAUGCUAGAAAUUUCUUGUACAGCAGUAAACUACAAUCAAGGCCAUAAAUGCCAGUCACGAUAUUUUCAAUAUUGUUGGUUAUAUUUAAAGUUUCCUUACAAUAAACGACACUUUUAUAUAUAAAAAUUUGUUUAUUGAUAUUGUGUUUUAAUUCUGUUGUCAUAAAGUUACGAAUGACCUGUUUAUACUAAUUUAUUAAAACAUUCAUAAUUCUUAACACUUUCACGUUGCUUUUCAUAAAUGAUGAUAUGCAGAUGCUCUGUCUACUCAGAAUAGAUGACAUGUUGGUGUAGUAAUUGUCAUAGAUACUUUGUAUUCAAUGAUUUGCUUGUAGUUUUUAGCUGGGGAAAAAGCUGUGGAGUGACGAAUUUAAGAUGAUCAGAGACUUUGGAUUUUCUGAGUCCCAAAGUACAGCUUCAUGUUGCAGCAGUUUUAUUGUGUUGCUUUUGAGGACUGGAUGAUUUCUGGAAUUUUCUUUGUUGUUGAAUUCAGGGGGGUUUAA